AUGCAGCCUCCUUACCUCUUCCUCUUCUUCUUUAUUCCCCUCCUACUCCCUGGAAAGUGGGCAAACCCAGAAGCAGACCUGCAGGUUUUCCAGCUGCUCAUGACCAGCUUCUUCACCAACAUCAGCUGUGCUGAGGUGUCUGGGGUGGGUCUCCUGGGGGACAUGCCCAUCUUUACACUGGAUCCUGGCAACUGGAAUAUGCACCUCCACUGGCCUUGGGCUUACAACGCCACAGCUGAGGGUGACACGGAGAAGAUCAUAUCCCACUCCAAACUCUUCCUGCGCAAUUUGGUCCGAUACGUGCAUGAAAUGGCCAAGAAGCAGCGGCUGGGCUACCCACUGGUGGUCCAGAUCCGUGCGGGCUGUGUGCUGCAUCCCAAUAGGACAAGCUGGGGCUUCUUGGAUGUUGGAAAGGAUGGCAGAGACCUUACAGCUUUCAAGGUGGAGAGGGACCGCUGGGAGCCGCAGCAGCCAUCUCAGCUAGCAGAGGUGGUCAGCAAGUCCCUCACCAGCAUGAAGGCCAUCACAGGGCUCCUGAAGCACCUCCUGUCCAUCUCCUGCCGGAGCCACAUCCUAGCCCUCUACAGGUAUGGGAGGACAGAUCUGGAGAGACAAGAGCCACCCAUGGCCACAGUCUUUGCCCACAUGCCCAGCCCAGCCCAGAUCCUGCUGGUUUGCCAUGUCACCGGCUUUUACCCACGGCCCAUCAGUGUGGUCUGGCUGCGGGAUGGCCAGGAGGUGCCACCAGGCCCGUUGCUCAACACCAGCGCCAUCCUGCCCCACGCUGACCUCACCCAAAACUGCAGUGCCGCUCUAACUGUUGGCAUUGCCAUCGCAGUGCUGCUUCUUGUAGCCACAGCCUCUGCUGGAGGAGUUUGGUGGUGGAAGGGCAGGAAAGGUGAUGAGGCCACAUGGGAGACCCGGGAAUUCAUCAUUUGA